GCCCGCCCAAUCAAAAGCGGCGGCUCCCGCGGCGCCAAAGCUGGAAAGGGCCGGGCCGGGCAGUGCUGAGGGGGUUUCCUCGGCGCCCCUCCCCUCGGGCUCCCCCGCCACGUGACCGCGGACGUGGCCGCCCGGGCGGGGGCGAUGCCCAGUAGGAAGCGGAAGCGAUUUUGGAAUGCAGAAUGUGUGUCCUUCCCAGACAAGACACCCCUACAGCUGAAAAAAUCAAACGUCAGGACAUCAGUGGCUUCUACUUCGAUUUCCAGCGCAUGGCUUAGGUGUGGGGAUGGCUUUCAGAGCACUUCUGUGCUGGAGUCAGUAAGACCUACUGAUAAUAAAUCCAAGACCAAGAAGCAACUUGGACCACUGUUAGCAACUGCUGAAAAUGCAGCAGGAUCUGCUGCUGAAAGCUCUAAGGAGGCCGAAGACAUAAUAUGGACCUCUAGUGGCAGUGAUUUUUCAGAUAAUGAAAAUAAAACAUUGAUUCCAAGGUUACGCAGCAAAAAAAGUCUCACUGAGAAAAUAGAGAAGUCACAAAGCAGACGUGAUUUAUUGUUAGAGGACAGAAGUGAUGAAGAUGUACCAGAGUUCAUUGACUGGGAGAAAGAUAGUGAUUCUACAGAUAAAUUUGAUGGAUCAGAAAAAGAUGACAGUUCAGUGGAGAUAUCGGACUCAGACUCCUGCACAAAUCUUAAUUCUCCCUCUGUCAAAGAGGAGAAUGAUGAGCUCUAUAAGAUGACUCCAACAGAAAUAUCUGAAUAUUCAUCUGAUAAUGACAGCCUGGAAGUGGAAAUGGAGACCACUAAUCCAGGAUUCUCUAAGAAAUUGCAGUCGAGUUUGGCAUUGAUUAUGGGGGAAGUUCCGACAAGACCUGCCAGUGACUGGCUGAAGUCUGCACAGGCCCUUCUACAAACUCCUAAGAAACAGUCGGGCAAGGCUUCUAGAACCCCAGAAGAUUCUGCUAAAAAGAAGAAAUUACUGAGGGGAGGGCUGGCUGAGAGGUUAUGUCGGCUGCAGAACAGAGAAAGAUCUGCCAUUAGUUUUUGGAGACAUCAGUAUAUUUCAGAUGCUAAAAUCCCAUCAGAUAAAUCUGGUGUUUUGAUUGUGAAGAUCUUGGAGAUGUUUGAGGAGUGUAUGAUCCAAGUUGCCAUCUGCCAGCAGCUGGAACAGCCUCCUGCUAUGACUUCAUCCGACGAUCUCGUUAUCAAUACAGUCGAACCAAUACUCAAAGUCCUCUUUGCAAGAGAGACAGCAGCUCACCUGAAGAGUAGGCCCCAGGAUGUCAUCCACAUCUAUCCUCCGUGGCAAAAACUACUUCUCAAGAAUUCAGAUGUUCCUAUUAUCAUGAAUACAUAUUUCAGUCAAAAGGUGCUACUCAAUGAACACUUGGAAACAAGCAAGAAGACACAGGCUCCUACAAAGAUGCUUAUUAGAAAGAAUAUUGUAUCUUUGGCACAAACGUUCAAACUAGAUGACCUUGAUAAUGAGCAAUCCCAGGAAUCUCCAGAUAACCAGGUUGCUUGUGCUCCACAAAUCCAUAAAAACUGUGAUUCCAAAGAGCAUCCUGUAGCACUGAGUGCUGUUAAUGAUUCGCUGCUUGAAAUGGUGGAAAGCCAAGGAGCAGUGGGAUGGAGAGAAGUCCAGGUACGAGUCGUUAUCCAAAGAGUGUACUGUUUGCCUGCAAGAGAAGGUUUCAGAAGCCAGAUUCAAGGAAACAAACCUGUCUGUGCAACACCUAUCAUAAAUCCAGAUCCACUAAAUGUUAGGUUAUGCCUCCUUGUCCAGGAUGCCUAUGGCAUGUUCAGUGAAGUACAGCUGCAAUCCCUCAGUUCUGCAGAGGACGUUGAACAGUACUGCAGGAGGUGGGAAGGAAAAUUCUGCUGUUUAGCUGGAAUGAAAAUUUUGCAAAGAACCACAAGAGGAAGGGCAUUAGGACUUUUUAGUCUGAUUGACAGCUUGUGGCCUCCAGUAGUGCCUGUAAAAGUUCCUGGACAAAGUCAAGACCCUGAAAUGAUAACAACUAAUCUUCCUCCUCCCAGCUUCUGUUACAUUCUUACUGUUCAGUCUGGUGAAAUACAUGUGGAAGUGGAUGAGGAAGAGCAGAUUUCUAAUUUGUACCAGCCACCAGCUGUUCGUGGUCUGAAGGAAAUUCUUCAGAUCGAUGGUUGUAAUGAGCGUUGUAGCUUUUGGGCACGAGUGCUAUACCUGAGGCUGCAGACAAAACACAGUGUUCCUACAAAUCAAAGAGAGAUUUUGUUGUUUGUGACUGACUUCACAUUGCAAGAUGUAGCUCACACAAUUCCAAAAGUUGUUGCUGUGUCAGUUGCUGCAUCGUGCGUUCUCAGUACGGAAAUCAUAGAAGCUCUCAGUGUUGCCUCGCGACUCAUCUUCUUCAAGGAUGCCCUGUGGGGAAAUGGUAGGAUUAUUUGUGUUGAACGUACUGUUCUCUUAUUACAAAAGCCUCUUUUGUGCUCGGCUGCCGGUGCUGACCUCAGUGAGCUGCCUGGCCCUGUCAAACUCGAUGAGCUGGAUUCUACCACACAGGCCAAUUCCAUUUGUGCUGUGAGAGGUACCAUUGUUGGAGUUAAUGAGAGCACUGCCUUCUCCUGGCCUACGUGUGACAGAUGUGGCAAUGGAAAGUUGGAACUGUAUCCCCGGGACAGAGGAUCGCUAUAUUGCAACCAGUGCUCUGAAGUUGUCGUUUCACCAGUUGUGAAAAUGCAGUUGGAAGUCUUCUUGAGUUGUCCAUCCCGAUCUCAAAGUACAGUAAAAGUAAAGCUGCUGCAAAGAACAAUCUCUUUUCUCCUGAAGUCUGCUGCCAGUGAGGACGGGAGUUAUGAGGUGAGGAGCGUGCUGGGAAAGGAGGUGGGGUUGUUGUGCUGCUACGUCCACUCCGCGAGCAGCCAGCCAAACUGCAUUGGACUGGAGGAAAUUGCUCUUCUGGAAGCUGAAAGAAACUGAACUGGACUGAACUGUAGUCAGCUACUACAGUAUCUGUGGACUUUGUGAUGUGGUUAUCGGUUAACUAUUGCCACAGAUAAUGUGUAAUGGGAGUGCGAUAAGUAUUAAGAUAGUUUAUUAAAACCGUGAUUUAUAACGCACAGUGUGCUAACACUGAGAAAUGUAUUAAAAAAAAAAAAUCUGUUCGACUUUCUGAACUCUUCCUUUUCUGUUUGGUUCAGAAUUUGAGAGCAUGGUUCUUCGGUGCGUUUUUUGUUUUGGAGUGUGAAAGAUCUUGUUCUGGAAUUUCAAACGGUUGUGAUUUUUAUUUUUGUUUUAUAAUGCUGUAUUUAUUAUGUGGAUGGAAAAUAUUUUACUGAUAUUUUUGAAAUAAAUACCUUGCUGUA